AUGAUUUUGCAUCUCCGGGGAGAGAACUGUAAGUAAACAAUACAGCUCUCUCCCCUGUCAGCUCCUGCACACUGCUAUGCAUGGCUUUACAUAGCAGAGCCAUGCAUAGCAGUGUGCUUACAGUGAAGCAAACACACACACAUCACACUUAGUAAAACACACACAGCACACAAUUAGCCCUUUGAUCACCCCAGAUGUUAACCCCUUCCUGCCCAGUGCCAUUAGUACAAUGUCAGUGCUUUUUAUUAGCACUGACCACUGUAUUGGUGUCACUGGGGAUGUCAGUGACACCAAGUCAGUUCCCACCAGUGUCAGAAUGCCCGCCGCAGUCCCGC